AUGGGCUCUUAUCAUAUAGAUUUGUUGAUAUCAUCAUUUGGUAUAUAUGAACUAACUACUUGGGCGUAUAGAAAACAAGGCCACUGGUAUGGGUUCAGCUAUCAAACUAAUUUAUACCCUACAAUCAGAAAACUUGCACGACUACGAGCCCAGCUUCUUGAGCCAACUGGAGGAUCUGGAUCUGGCGGAGGAGCUGGUUUUGACGUUAGCAAGAGUGGAGAUGCUCGAAUUUCCCUUGUUGGAUUCCCUUCCGUUGGAAAGUCAACCUUUCUAUCAAAAAUCACCAAGACCAAGAGUGAAGUUGCUGCGUACUCUUUCACAACUCUCACAGCCAUUCCCGGCGUGUUGGAGUAUGGCGGUUCAGAGAUUCAGAUUCUGGAUCUUCCCGGAAUCAUUGAAGGAGCAGCAGAAGGCAAGGGACGAGGGAGGCAGGUUAUUUCUGCGGCUAAGACCAGUGAUUUAAUCUUGAUGGUUUUGGACGCAACGAAGAAAGCCGAGCAAAGAGCAUUACUAGAGGCAGAAUUAGAAGCUGUCGGAAUUCGGCUGAAUCGAGAAGUGCCAAACAUCUAUCUGAAAGUCAAAAAGGCUGGCGGGAUGAAGAUCACAUUCCAGUCACCUCCAAAGUACCUCGACGAGAAGAUGUUGUACAAUAUCCUGAGAGACUACAAGGUGCUCAACUGCGAGGUCCUGGUUAGAGAUGAAAAUGGUAAUGACUCUCAUCCUUCUUUACUUGCCUAUACGCCAUAG